AUGAAUAUAUUUCCAAGUCGAAAUAUCAUAAAAAAUGGAAGAGCAGUGCGACUGGCCAAGCGCCAAGCUGGCCACCUCGGACGUGCUGAUAUUCCUGGACUCGCACACCGAGCCCAACGUCAACUGGCUCCCGCCGCUGCUGGGUAUGUAGCCAAGUGCCAAGUGAAGCAGUGCGACUGGCCAAGCGCCAAGCUGGCCACCUCGGACGUGCUGAUAUUCCUGGACUCGCACACCGAGCCCAACGUCAACUGGCUCCCGCCGCUGCUGGAGCCCAUAGCGUUAAACUACCGGGUAGUGAUGUGCCCGUUCAUCGACGUGGUGGCCUACGACACCUUCGAGUAUCGCGCGCAAGACGAGGGUGCUCGAGGUGCCUUUGACUGGGAGUUCUUCUAUAAGCGGCUGCCUGUGAUGCCUAAGGAUGAGAAGAAUAUGCCGGAACCGUUCAAGAGUCCGGUGAUGGCUGGGGGUCUAUUCGCGAUUUCGGCGGUGUUCUUCUGGGAGCUCGGCGGCUACGACCCCGGCCUCGACAUCUGGGGCGGCGAGCAGUACGAGCUCAGCUUCAAGAUCUGGCAGUGCGGCGGCGCCAUGUACGACGCGCCGUGCUCGCGCGUGGGCCACAUCUACCGCAAGUUCGCGCCCUUCCCCAACCCGGGACACGGAGACUUCGUCGGCAAGAAUUACAGGCGAGUAGCCGAAGUAUGGAUGGACGAGUACGCUCAAUACUUGUACAACCGGCGGCCGCAGUACCUCAGCAUCGACCCCGGAGACAUCUCCGAGCAGAAGGCGCUGCGCCAGCGGCUCAAGUGCAAGCCCUUCCGCUGGUUCAUCACCCAGGUUGCAUUCGACUUGACACUAAAAUACCCACCAGUGGAACCCAAACCAUUUGCGGAAGGAAGGGUAAAGCCAGUGAUCGACCCAAGCUUCUGUAUCGACGCACACCACGGCGGACAAACGGAUAUCUUACAACUGCGGAAGUGCUCCGAUGCCGAUACUGCAGAACAAGAGUUCGUGCUGUCCUGGCACAAGGACAUCAAGUGUAAGAAGAGGAACAUGUGCUGGGACCUGCCGGACGCGCGGCCGCGGCGCAGCCUGCAGCUGUACGCCUGCCAUCUUGGUGGCGGCAACCAGCUGUGGAGGUACCGCCCGUCAACACAACAAAUAAAGCACGGCGGCAACGAAAACUGCGUGGAGUUCGAUCGCGCCACACACGCGCUUUACAUUAACCCGUGCGACGCGACCAAAGACACCCAGCGCUGGACCAUAGACAAGGUAGACCUCGACACCAUCGCCAAGUGGGACACCAUGCCGUUGAAGGUCACAGGCCCUGUGGAGGAGUAUAAGUAAGUUUUUUACCUUUAAAACGUUGAAUUGCCCAUAGAUUUAAGACAGGCAGGUCCGGUGUUAGGAUUUUAACAGAUUAUUAAAUUUAAAACGCUUGCAUUUACCAUCCUGUGAUAAUUUGUUCCAUAGACCAAAGUAAAUUCAAAGUCAGUGAAAUUACAUUCAACUAUCACUUAUCGUCGUUGACGAGUGAAAAUCUCGUAAGUGUAUUUUUAUCAAAAACACUUUUUAAUGUAAAAUAAGUAAGAAAAACCUCAACACACAUUACGAGGUUUUCACUUAUCAACUCUUAGUCUGAUAUGAUAUCAAUAUUAAUUCGACGAUUCAUAUUUUUUAUUGUCUAUGGCUCGAAUGUCUGACAAUUCACUGAUUUGAAUUGAAAAGUAAUCUUUACAUCUAUUAAUUAAUCGAUUUUAAACACAUCUUGUUUAAAAGUACUCACAUUUGAUAUUUACGUCUUGAUGGUGUUGCAGGUAUUUUAAUAUUAUUUAAAUUAUUAUAUUAAUAAAAAUAACACAUACGGUUUUCAAAUGUGGUCUAACUAACUACAGGGCAUUCUUUAACCACUCUAUCAUUAAAUGUAUUAAGAAUUAUUUAGUUAUACGAGUACGUAUAUGGACGACUAACGUAUUACACAUUACGUAUAUGAAUAGGAUGCUUUUAAAAAUUUAGGGAAAAUACGUACUGCCAUAGUAUUAUCGAUGUGCUGAUAGAUAUUUAAUUUUACUGUGUCGUUAAUUGUUACAUUUGAAAUUACGGGAUAACUACAUUAAAAGUUGGGUUAGGCCCAGAACAGACGGUGAAACGCAACUGCAACGAAAUUGCAACUUGUAGUUACUUUUGAGUUGCAUC